AUGCAUUACUCAAUCCUUCUCUUGUCUUUGCUCCCCGUAAGCUAUUCGAUUCCAGUUGAGCCUCGCGCAGGCACACAAGAUCUUGCACCCCAAGUCCUCGAAACUAUCAACGAACUGAACACCGCCGUCGCCGGCCUGACAACAGCCGUCACCAAUUUCGAUGGUUCCUUCCUCGGCCUCCUGCCCCAAGCUCUCGCCGUUGUAGGCGCUGAGACAAAACUCGACGUCACAAUACUCAAAGCAACCCAUAUCACGAAGCAAAGCUCCAAUUUCACAGCGGCGGAGAGUUCGCAGAUUGUGCAGACCUUGGCAGGCGAGAUAGGCCCGAUCCAAACGUCAUUGGACACACUGAAAACGAAGUACCCGGCGUUUAAGAAAACCCUCUUAUCUCCCAUUGUGCUGUUCGAUCUUAAGGUCUUGAAGAAGCAUACCCAUGAUCUCAUCUCGGCACUGACCGAGAAGGUCACACCUGAUAAUGCGGGCCUCCUGGGAAUUGGUGCAACUAUUCUUGACCAAGCCUUUGAUUCUGCGAUCGCUGUUUACAAAGGGUAA